UUUCCCCCCUUUUUUUCCUUACCUCAAGUGGAAUAUGUUGUCUUCCCAGUUCUUUCAUGUAUAUAGAGUGAACUUCUGUUCAGCUCCUUUCUCAGCUGCUGUGAACUCCUGAGAACUUCCCAAGGCCAAAGGGAAAUCCCAGGUCUCCAAGGACCUUUGUAACCACAGUUCAGUCAUGUGUAAAGUGGGCAUAAUCCCUGAACUAUAAAAGAAAGGCUGUGUUUUCCAGGUAGUUCAAACCCCUUAUGUAGAGCUGUGGAAUCAUAAAUUAUUUAUCUUGCUGGAGAAUAUUUCUAGAGGUCACCAGUUUCUAAUAGUUUCUUUCAAACCAGAAGUGGGUUCACUUAGAACAGUUUGCCCCCUGUAAAAUCUCUGACCUUGCCUAUUCAAACUUCUUUGCAAAUGCAUCAUUUAAUACAGGAAGCUCCUUGGGGAGGGUUCUCCACAUCUGCUGUCAUAAUUUCUUAUUUCCUAAAUGCAGCAAUUUGUACUUGAGUAUUCUUACCAGGAUUGUGCCUCCCUUCCCUCCCCUCUGCUCUGGCACAUUCCUUUGUGGCGCUUCUUGUGUUUGAAAUCCCAAAUCUUUCCCCGUUGUCAUUCCAGCUUUUCCUUACCCCUCAGUUCUAGGGGAGGGCAUGAAGGAAUCCGCUCCUUUAUUCUCCGGCUGUUUUCCUGCGGCUCGUUAGUGACAGCAAGUUGUCAUCAUUUUACAGCCAUUCAGCCACUAACAAAACCAAGAGGAAUCUCUCGUUUCAGCUCCCCGGGAACGAGAUUUCCCCAAACAAAAACACGCCACCACUUCUUGGAGUGCUCAACCUCCGUAGUAGUUAAGCAAAGGACUGAAGCCCAGGUUUAUAAAGAUGUUUAGGUGCUUGACUGCCACUAAAACUGAAUUGGACCUAAGUACCUGUAAAUAGCUUUAAAACUUUGAGCCACUAUGAAGGCCUCCCUCAUCCAUCACUCUUGGCAGUGGUCCCCUCAGAAUGGAAGCAAGGCACAUCAGCAAGGUCACAGGAAAUAGUUCCAGUCCUGCUUUCCAGAAACCGCAAGUAUUAAGUGAAUUGCUGCAUUCUAGCGUGGCUUUUUAUGAAAUACAUCUUCUGAAGCAAAUUGCUUGUAUUCCCUAGAAGAAAAGAGCCCUUGCUUGCAUGAAAGCAAAUAUUUAAGUCAGACAACUUUUAAAAAGGAUGUAAAAUUAUACUGUAAAAAUACCCACCUUUAUAGCUUAUAAUCCAUUUUUUAUUAAAGCUGGGAAAUAAAAGUAAGAUUCACAUUCAAAUUACUGUCUGCUGUUUCUAGGGGAUACUCUUUGCAUUCCAGUUGGUUUCGCUUGGCUUUUUCUCUACCCAUUUUCAGUGCUGCUGUUCUAGACUUGCAUAACCUUCAGGGAAAAAUUUAUUCCCAAACAUAAAACCUGUAUGGAUUUUACAUUUUUAAUAUUUAGUAACAUUUAACUGUGUGUUAGCCCUGGAAUCACUUUGUUUUCCAGUGAAUCCAGAAAGCUGGGCUAAUGCUGACUGAAAAGUGUUUAAAGGGGGGAGGCUUUCAUAUUUGUGCCAGGAGUUCCUUCAGUGAUACUACAAAACCAGGAGCAAGUGCAGAGGAGGCCGUUUGCUCUGGUUUUUUGGUGUAAAUAACAACCACUUGCAAUGAUUCCCUGCAAUAAAUGUCGCAGACUUUGGGAAGAUUUGGUUCACAGAAUCACAAAAUCACAGAAGGUUCUGAGUUGGAAGGGAUUUCAAGUUCAGGUCUUCAGCGAAUGUCCCCUCCAGGGGUUGAACCCACACCUUGGCAAUAUCAGCACCGAGCUAGUCUCAGGGUUAAACUGGUUCUUGUUUAAUUAACUGGCAUUUUCAUUGUGCACAGUCACUUUCAGGUUCCAUGGUUUGUUUUUUUUUUGUGGGAGGGUGGGCAAUAAACCUUCAGCAGUGCAGUAAACAAGGAAGUCAAUGAUUGUGUUGGAGAAACGCUCGUUGCGCCUUUCUGAAUGACCGUCUCAUCUUUUAGGUUUGUAUUAAAUGUCUGAAGUAUUUGAGCAAGUUCUUUAGCAAGUUUACUUUCCGUCCAUGCUCUCCAACUAAAGCCUGUUCAUCCAGUUGCUGGGUUGGAAAGGUGUUUCCAAGGGGGGUGUGCUGUUGGGGUGAGAUGUCCUGGUGCUCUCCCAUGGACGUAGGGAGAUAGCAGACAUGAUCCCCUGAGGAGGCCGAGCCCCGCGCCGCAAGCAUGGCCUUCGCGCAGUCGCACAUCAUGGCAGCCCGCAGGCACCAGCACAGCCGGCUCAUCAUCGAGGUGGACGAGUACAGCUCCAACCCCACGCAGGCUUUCACCUUCUACAACAUCAACCAGGGGCGUUUCCAGCCCCCACAUGUGCAGAUGGUCGAUCCGGUGCCCCACGACGCUCCCAAACCUCCAGGAUAUACACGAUUCGUCUGUAUUUCUGAUACUCACUCCAGAACUGAUCCCAUCCAAAUGCCAUAUGGAGAUGUGUUAAUACAUGCUGGUGAUUUUACUGAGCUGGGACUUCCUAGUGAAGUAAAAAAAUUCAACGAGUGGCUAGGUAGCCUGCCCUAUGAAUACAAGAUUGUGAUAGCAGGAAAUCAUGAGUUGACCUUUGACCAGGAGUUCAUGGCUGACUUAAUCAAGCAGGACUUUUACUAUUUCCCCUCUGUUUCUAAGCUGAAGCCAGAGAGCUAUGAAAAUGUACAGUCUCUUCUAACAAACUGCAUCUAUCUUCAAGACUCUGAAGUGACGGUGAGGGGAUUCAGAAUAUAUGGCUCCCCUUGGCAACCUUGGUUUUAUGGCUGGGGCUUUAAUCUUCCACGAGGCCAAGCACUAUUAGAGAAAUGGAACCUUAUUCCAGACGGAAUAGAUAUUCUUAUAACACACGGACCACCUCUCGGUUUUCUAGACUGGGUUCCCAAGAAAAUGCAACGGGUAGGAUGUGUCGAGCUGCUGAACACAGUCCAGAGACGAAUACAGCCAAGGCUUCACGUGUUUGGACAUAUCCAUGAAGGUUAUGGUGUCAUGGCUGAUGGAACCACUACCUAUGUGAAUGCAUCUGUGUGCACUGUGAAUUACCAGCCACUAAAUCCACCUAUAGUUAUUGACUUACCUACUCCAAGGAACACAUGAUUAUAAUGAGGAUUUAAAGUUGUACCCAACACAUUAUAGCAACUUUAUAUUGCUGGCUGAGAAUCCCAAUAGGGAACCAUUCAACAACAACAACAACAACAACAAAAGCAAAAUCCUUCUUUUUUUCCCUGCUAGCUCUUCCCAGAUAAAUUUCGAGUAACAAAAGUGGAUGAGGAACAAAGACAUUUUGGUGCCAGGAACAGAUUAAAGACUUAACAUUUCACCAUUAAAAUAUUUGUGAACACAGAAAAGUGAAUGCAUUCGACAUAUAAAUAUAUAUAUAUAUACAUACACAUAUAUAUAUAUCUAGUAGGGCUUUUGUAUAUACUGUGUAUUGGACUUAUUAAAAGAACGAUGUCUUUCAAAGGAGUGUUUCUUUAAGAAAGUUUGCAGUUUAAACUUCAGUGUUUAGACUAGGAUUCCCUCAUUUCAGAUGUUUCCCAGUGAGCUCUUGAUAAAAGAAAAAUGAUGGUAAAGAUGUUUUCCCUUAAUUAACACGGCAAAUAUAAAAGAUGCUGCACAAAUGACCAGUCACAGGAGGAAUGAUAUUACUCCAAAUCCUCCAGGUCUAAGUAUUUGCAUCUAUUCAAAACCAGUGCAAUAGAGGCCCUAAUUCACUGUACUGAAAUGAAGUUUUACUACAUCUGGCAUUACAGAUGGUAAGGGAAAUGGUGCAUAUUGCCAGCAUGCUGUAAACAGCUCAACAUUCGAGAAGGGAGACUGUGUUAAGUGCAGUAUAAACUCAGGAAUUUGUAACCUCUAAAAACAAGGAUGACAUUUCCCUAAAAAAAAAAAAAAAGGAGGAAAAAAAAAAGAAGGAAAAAUAUAACAGUGUUUUCAUGUGGUAAAGAGAUAUAUGACUGUAUUAAAAAAAAACAAAACACAAAAAACAAAAA